AACAAAUGGCCGUCAAAGAAAGAAAGAUUUGUAUGCCAGUGAGAGUUUUUUUGUGAAACCUGACUGCGAGAAGUAAUAAACGAUCUCUUAAGGAUUUUAAUCAGAAGGGCUAUCCUUCCUGAUCUUUAAAAAUGGCAACAGGACAUAUUUUGCCUGGUUAUGGCAAUCCUGUCAGCCGAUUAAGAAGAGUGCGGCAUGUCGGUUAUCCUAUUGAAAAUGACUGGCUUCUUAAAAUGAAACAAGAAACCAAUUUAGAUAGAAGCGAAUUUGAAAUGAUUCGAGCUAAAGCUAGGCAUGUGUGGUCGAAGCCAGACCGUGAAAAGACAACAUAUAGAUUUCAUUAUAAUGGGGAUGAAAUUGGAAGUUUGGUGCCCAGGAGACCAACAUCACCAACUAGAAGAAAUAACCCACACCCACCUGUAGUAUUUUUACACAAUAAAUUACAUCAGGUUGGAGGCUAUGACAAACCUGAUACCAGUAUUAAUUAUACAACACCUUAUCAAGUUGAUGGAAGUGAAGGAUUAAGUCCAAUAGAGAAUCAUGCUAGAAAAUUAACUAGAUCUAAAUACCUAGACCGACCUUCUACAGCAGCUAUCAAUCAGUAUAGAGAUGACUAUAGACUAAAAGAGUUCCUCGAGCCUACUGCUGCCCAAGCUACUCAAGCCUUUUUAAAUCAGGCCAACCAGCCAGAAAAAGAUGAGGCUUUACAAAGAUUAGAAGACCAAAGAUUUCAAUAUUUUGAGAGCCAAAAGUAUGGCACCUCACCUCGUGCUCAAACCGCCUACCCCUCAACUUACAGAUGGAUGAAAAUAGCUGGCCCAAAUGAAAAUUACCGUUUAAAUGGUGUUCCCUACCCUGAAAAUAUUCAAGUCAACCCACCCUUGCCAGGUCCUCUAGAAUUGCUCGGAUUACGACGCUGCCAAAAUAAACAGACCAAACGACCACAGUUACGAUUUAAUUCAGCAAGGGGAGAUUACUCUAUUCAUCCAGACUGGCCACCUAGUAUACCUCACCAUUUCGUUCCUUAAACUUGAAAACUAUUGUUAUAAAUACAGAGCCUAAUAGUAUGUUUUUAAGGCAUCUCUAGAAAAGACAGUUUUUACCAAAGAAAAUUUUACUCGUCUUACUGGAAUCUGAUAUUUGAUGAAAGAAAUAACUUGAUUCUUAGAUAAUUGUAUGAUGGAAUUUAAGAAAUAACAAGAAGAAAUAAUAAUGAUGAUAAUUUAUUGGAAUAAUAAUAUAUAUAACC